GAAAAGCAUUGAAGCAUUAAAAGCAUUUGCUCACGCUGGAGGGAGUUCAGUUUCCUAUUAAACGCUGAGAUAAAACGAGUCGUGUUGGCUGAUUAAUGAUUUUUAAAUGUGUGAACGACGUCUGAGUCAGACUCGCCGAACCCAAGCUUUUAUUGAGCCGAGUAAAGUCCACAGAUCGCUUACGUAACGCGCCCGGUUUAUAUUUUCUGAGCCUGGAGGCGACCACGUAGACAAACAGGGGCUGCACAAAGCUAGUCGUGGUCAGGCUCGGCCGGAGCAGUGCACUCUGGGAAAUAUAUAUAAAUAUAUGUAAACACUCAGGGGGAAACAUGCAGGCGAUAAUCGCAAGGAAUGGAAGCGAGACUCCAGAGCCGGUGACAGCUGAGGUGAAAGGGUCCAUCCCGUCCUGGCUGGAGGGGACACUGCUGAGGAACGGACCGGGACUCUUCUCUGUGGGACAAUCCGAGUACAACCACUGGUUCGACGGCCUGUCGCUGAUCCACAGCUUCACCUUCAGCCACGGUCAGGUGACGUACAGGAGCAAGUUCCUGAAGAGCGAAACCUACAAGAGGAACGUCAGCGCCGACAGGAUCGUGGUCUCUGAGUUUGGAACCAUGAUUUACCCUGAUCCCUGCAAGAACAUCUUCUCCAGGGCGUUCACGCAUCUUUCCAACGUCAUCCCCGACUUCACCGACAACAACUUGAUCAACAUCAUUCGUUACGGCGAGGAUUACUACGCCUCCUCCGAGGUCAACUACAUCAACCAGAUCGACCCGAACACCCUGGAGACCGUCGGCAGAAUAAACUACAGGAACCACAUCGCUGUGAACUUAGCGACGGCUCAUCCUCACUACGACGACGAGGGCAACACCUACAACAUGGGCACCGCCAUCAUGGGCCUCGGUCGACCAAAGUACGUCAUCUUCAAAGUCCCGGCGGACGCAGGUAAAAAGCCGGCGCUGAGGAAAGUGCAGCAGAUCUGUUCGGUUCCCUUUCGCUCCGUCUUGUUCCCGAGCUACUACCACAGCUUCGGCAUGACCGAGAACUACAUCGUGUUCGUGGAGCAGCCGUUCAAACUGGACAUCGUCAAACUGGCCACGGCGUAUUUCAGAGGGGUCACGUGGGGCAACUGCCUCAAAUUCGACAAGGACGACACCACGUUGUUCCACGUCAUCAACAAAAAGACGGGCAAGGCGAUCUCCACCCGUUUCUACGGCGACGCCCUGGUGGUCUUCCAUCACAUCAACGCCUACGAGGACGACGGCCACGUGGUGUUCGACCUGAUCAGCUACGAGGACAGCAACCUCUACGACAUGUUCUACAUCCAGAACAUGAGGCAGGAAACCAGCAGCUUCAUCCAGUCCAACAAACGCUUCUCUCCGCCGGUCUGCAAGAGAUUCGUCCUCCCGCUCAACGUCCACAAGGAUUCUCCCAAAGGAUCUAAUCUGGUGACGCUGGCGGACACGACGGCCGAGGCCGUGAUGCAGGCGGACGGGUCCAUCUACUGUCGGCCCGACACUCUGCUCCAAGGUCUGGAGCUGCCGGGGAUCAACUACAAGUUUAACGCCAAAAAGUACAGAUACUUCUACGGCCUACGGUUGGAGUGGUCUCCUCACCCCAACAAGAUCGCCAAGUUGGACAUCGUCACCAGAAAACACCUCGAGUGGCGGCAGGAUAACUGCUACCCCUCCGAGCCGGUGUUCGUCGCGUCUCCGGGCGCCGUCGAGGAAGAUGACGGAGUCAUCUUGUCGUCCGUCAUCUCCGCGGAUCCCGACAUCUCUCCGUUCAUGCUCGUCCUCGACGCCAAAAACCUGGAGGAGGUCGCCCGAGCCUCCAUCCCCGCCACCGUCCACAUCGACCUCCACGGGCUCUUCAUCCCCGCCGCCGUCUGACCUGCGACGUUCCGCUCAUCCUGCAAAGAACCCGAACUCUCAAACACGUUAUUAACACUUAUUCGUGGAGUUCCUCACGGUUCUGUAGUAGAUCCUCUACAAUUUGUGGGCAAAACAAACUAGAAUCCUCAUGUUAUCCUCAGUGUUAGUAGUGUUACCCUCAGUUUUUCCUCCAGUGACGAGGUAAAGAAAUCUUAUUAAACCCUGAAAUUUGUCACAAAUUUACAUUUUGCUAUUUCUUGACUUUGAGGAAUUGUAUUAAUAUUUAUAGUUUAUAGUAACAAUCAGGUUUUUAGCAGUUGUUGUGUUUUUAAAUAUCUAGUUUGUGUUGUUGCAGAACCUCAGUGUUGUGAUUUUAUAAGAGACAUAAAAAAACUACCUGAAAAGUUGAGAAGUCUGAGCUGCACAGACGUUCGCUUUAGAAAAUAAUGUUAUUUAUGAUAAAACACAUCAAUAAUUUACAGAUUCAUUGUUUUUGUCGUUUCUUUUUCAAAUAUCCUGUAAAAUAAAGUUUGAACCAGACUGUGAAUAAAACUCAAAUGAAGAAGAAUGUGGAAC